GCCCAAACCCGGAAGUGGACGCAUAAGAAGUCGAAAACAUGAAGAUAAAAACAACAUCCUUAGUACUGCCGUGAGCCGAGUUAUUCAAGGUAACCAAACACCAUCAAGAUGUCUCGCUCUACAUCCAAAGCCCAAGCUGACAAAGGUAAGGCGCCUCCCCGAGUGUCCCCGCCACCGUCCCAUGAACCGGAAGAGGAAGACAUUAUCCCCGGUUGUCUGACUCAGAGCCAAUGGAUGGACAUGUUGGUCCAAGAGGAGGCAGAAGAUGUAGUAGGGGAAAUUAUGGCUGAUCUGAUGAGCAAUGUCAUGGAAGGCUGUUACAGUGUGCACAUUCAAAGACAGCUGCCAUCUUUCACUGCAUACUGGGCCAAAGGUUACUUCAUACAGACUGUGGAGCAGAAAAUCAUGUGCCGAGAUAGAGGUGAAGAUGCGAUGGAAUUGUCUGUGACAGAAGACUCAGAACCAAUACCAAUUACUCCAGAUGUUUGGGCAGAAGGAUGUUUUCCUGUUAUACAUGGAGCACCUCCAUCUGAGCCCGAGUCACUGCAGAUCAACCAGGAAGCUGAUAUUUGUGAGGACCUUGAACCAGCCCAUCCUGAAGAAAACCAGCCAAAUGAUUUCAUACCACAAAACGCCGAAUCCCCAGAGCAAGCUGAAGAGAAAAUAAGUCCCAGCAGGCGUGUUGGGGAAAAGAUUUGCAAAGAACCAAGUGUUCGCCAAAAACAAAACACUUCCACCAAGAAAAAAUUAAAAGCUUCUUUACCCCCAAAGCUUUCACAAGGUACUGUUUUGCCACCUAUGUCCUGUUCAGCUGAAAAAAUGGAGACCAAGGGUGAAAAUAAAGUCCCUUCUGGUUCUAAACAUGCAACUACAUCAUCACAACAACCAAAGGAGACUCAAACUAAACGUAAGCUUGAACAUUCCUCCUUGCCUCGACACUGGAUCACUCCUCAGUAUGAGAUAGACAAAAGCACAAAGUCUAGCAUGAAAAAUUCAACUAGACAACCCAAACUAGUGCCAGUGCCUCGUAACCAGCAGACUGGUACGAUGGGAACAUCAUGGAAUCCUGCGAACAGGGAUCAGCCAGAGAGGUUGUCUCCCAUUAAGGACGAAAAGAUGAUGGCUAGAGCUUUGAGGAUGGACACCAUAGAUUUGGCCAAAGGUGUUUCUCUCACGGAUCCCCAGAGAAUACAAAUUGGCCCACUCCAGUUCAAAUCACAGGCUCAGUCUGCCAAGCUGAAGCCGAUAAAUAGUGAGUCUGUAGAGUCACCUUUUCCUGUGAAUCAGUUGACGACAGGACGUCCACCUCGUGUCACCCAACUGUUGCCAUCUGACAAAUUUAAGUUUUGAUUUAAAAUUUUUUGUUCUCAAAUUUGUUUGUUCUCAAAUUUGGAAUAAAUUCACCUUUUUCAUUGUUAAGCGAUAAAAUUACUUUAACGUUUGAAAAUGAGGAAGGUGAAUUAUUCCAAAUUUGGGCUCAGUAAUUAAAAUCUAAAAUGCACCAAUGAGGAGCAUUGUUUUAAAGUGUCCAGAAACUGAAAAUAAUUAUUAGUAAAUGGCAUGUAAUUGUAUUAAUUAGUUGAAUUAAUCCCCUAUGGAUACAUGACUAUGUACGGCUGGAUUAAUAUUAUUGG